UAGCAUUUUAUGAAUUAUAAAAAGUUUGAGUUUUUCUGUAUGUAUGUACUGCUAUUGUAAAUUGGCUUGAUCUGAGCUUGUUUUGGCGGCAACAAUUUUCGAGCCAAGUCGUCAUUUUUUGUGUGUUCUAAGCAGGGUUGUUCUCUAUACCAGUUGAUAACGGCGAAGAAGCGGCACAAAAGGGAAAACAAAAAUGCAGGCAGCGUUUGUCGCGUCGUUUUUCUUUUGAUUGGAAAAUACCGACAGCCGACAUAGAAAUAGAAAGCGUGCAACGUGUGUGUUAAGUGGAGCACAUAGAGCUGGCCUCGACGCGUGGCUUAUCAGUGAAUUAUAAAACAUAAAAUGGCCACAGCAUUUGGGGCGUCAAAGUUCUCAAAGCACGUAGUGCCUGAUGUCGUAGCCGAGGAGGCGGAGGAGGAGGAAGAGGAGGAUGAUGAUGAUGACGACGAUGAAGAAGAACACUCUGCCGAAUCGGGCUCGACCACCUCGUUCAGUCUUCAGGAGUGCAUAAACGAGUUUCGAGCACGCCGCAUUAGACGCGUAUCCACCCAGAGUCGCGACUGCGACAACAACCACAACAUGCCAGGUGAGGACCAGCCCGAGCGGGUUCGAGGCACAGCCGCCGAUGCGGACCUAAUCAACCAGAAUCGCUGCAACAAGGCCCAGGAGCGCAAGGGCAAGCCAUGCAAGAAUGGUUUCUGCUAUUGCUUCACCAGCGACAGCGGCGAUUGUGCCUCCACAGCGCCGACACGUGAGUCGCACGUGCGCCAGCCCAGACGCAGCAGGCGUUCCGAAAGCACUAAGGCGGCCAGUGUGUCCAAGCCGCUGGUCCAGAACCAUUUCGACUGUCCGAGGCAGCAGACGGGGCGUCGGCACAGUGAGCCGCCCAAAGUCAAACAGACCUCAAAUAUUCCGCUGACUGCCGUAAGCAGUAUUUGUGCCGUGGGCGAUGAUGCUCCGCUCAUACACAUUAUUCAGGAGCUGCGCGACAAUUGUGUGGUGUCCGAGGUGCGCGUGAACCGACAGAAGCUGACAGGAUCGGACUGCCAGCCAAGGUCCUCGCCUGUUAAGACCUGCAAAGUGCAGGCCUUUGAACCGAUUGCAUACAAGCCCACUGCCCCGGCCUUGUCCAACAUCAGCGAGUCUGCCGUAGAAGAGGAGCCGGAAACGGCUCCAACAGAGCCGACUAGUAUGCAGUCCGCCCGCCAAAGCGCCCGUUCGCGUCGCAGCUCUGGGGCCGGUGGGCGUCUCCUGCAGAAGCGUUUGUCACAGGGUCUGGUGAAUUUCAAGACACGCGAUUCCCAACAGCCUCCACCGAAGCCGCCGCGUCGCAGCUGCCAGAGUCUCGAUGGGAAAUUAUCGUUGUCCUCGCUGACAUCGACAACGCCAUCGGUGCGGGAGGCUGAGCGUGUGCUGGACGAGUUCCUACGCCAGCGAGGCGUCCGGGUGCCCAGCAGCUGCAAUAACUCGCCCCGCAAAGAGAAGAAGAGCAAGCGCAAGUCCUAUCCGAUGGCCGAAGUGGAGAAACAACCCAGGCGCAGUAGGCAGCUGCCCACCUGUCCCUCGCUGAGCGACAUUGAACGUGUUGUGGAGUCCAAGCGUGGCUCUAAUUACGCCCGGAAUAUACAGCAGGUCAGCAAGGCGAAGAAUGCCGUGGCCGACAAACCAAUGAAGGAGAUCCUGCUGGGCUGGUCAGAGCCAAAGAUCAACGACAUGUUGAACUACGAGAACAAGCGGCGCUCCAAUUUCAAGACCCAAGCACCUUUGGCAGAGCCCCAAGUGGCCAUUGGCUGGCAGGUGCCACAGCCGGUAGUGCCCAAGAUCUCGUUGGACACCGUCGAUGGCAGCAUGUGCGAGAAUCUGGCCUCCAACAUAGACCGCAAGCACACUCCCAUCAAAUAUCCGCGAGGCACCAAGUCUGCUGGCGGACAAGCCAGCCAGAAAUUCAUUUGGGGCGAGCAGUGGCGCAACUUUUCGCCGCUAAAGGCAACCACCAAGCAGCCCACACUUAAGACCAAGUCCAAGAACUUUCUCAACAACUCAAAGAACAAGAUACUGCGCUUUGUGUCGCCAAAAAAGACAAAUGAGGACGAGAACCCCGCCAGGCGGCCCACACCUACGCCUAAGCUCUGCACUGUGGGCGUUCAGACAUCGGCAUCGCAGUUGGAUCUGCAGUCGCAAUCCCCACCGGGCAGCUAUCAUUCGCCUAUGCAGUCGACGCCAUCGGCCACAACGACAUCCACCAGGCAGCAGCGGGACAAGGAGAGCAGCGACCAGCCGUACUUCGAUUUCGAGCGCAAGAUCGAAGCUCCGACGCCGCCCAAGAAGUUGCCGCGCGCCAACCGUGCCCGCAAACUGGACUUCCACACAGAGGCAGAAGCACCCACCACCUAUCGCUCCUUUCACAAGGAUCUCGACCAGGAUGUGACCAUCACCAAAAUGGGCUAUCUGCUGAGCAACAUUCGGGCCAAGCUGGAGGCCAGCGACGAGCGCGCCAUGCGAACCUUUCGGGAUUGUUCACGCUUUGAGCCACUUGAGCGUCAAAAGGAGAGCUUCGAUUGCAUUGACGGGCCGCAUAGCUCGGGCGCCACAUCGGCCACGACUCAAUAUCAACGUGACACGACUUCCGUGGCAACUUCGCACUAUCCACGCGAUACGACAUCUGCUGCAACUACUCAAUAUCCACGUGACACGACAUUUGUGGUGCCUACUCGUCAUCAGCGUGAUCUCGAUUGCGAGCCCAUUUAUUCAGAGAUCGAAGAGGACUGCUUGCGUGUACGUGGCAGUCCGCAGUACGAGGUCAGGACUGCGGUGGAACGGCAGCCGAGCGACGCGCUAACUGUAAGCUCCACGGCGACUGGGAGUGAGUCGACUGCGGCUGUCUCUGACUUGAGUGUGCCUGCUGACGUGUCCCUACUCUAUGCCAGGGUGCAAAAGACUCCGAAGAAGGUGCAGGCCAUUCCGCCGAGUCUGCCUGCUGCAAAUGUGAGUGCCCAGCCGGUGGCAUUGGGGCAGUGUCUGCAGGAGUCCCUGAAGAGUGGCAACUUCUUCAAGUUCAUGCCACUGCCAGACGAGCCCAGCAGCGAAUGCUCCUGCUCGGAGUCCACAAGCCAAACGACAGAUUCGUCGGUGAUUCGCAAGCCAAAAGCGAUGUCCCCACCCAUGCAUCAGUCGCUGAACAACAUCAACGAGAGGAACUCGCCGCCCAAGAAGAACCGUAACCUGUCCAGGUCCGAGCUCUCGCUGCAGCGCAGCCAGAUCUUCCUGGACAACCUCUGCCGCAGCGAGCUUGUGCUCGAUCAGGAGGAGGAGGCCAACACCCGCCUGGAAAAGAUUCCAAAUACCUGCCUCAGAGCCAGCAACGAGGAUGCUGUGUCCUACGACAUGCCCGAGGGACUGUACGAUGAGUACGGCAUUGAGGAUGCCAGCGCCGGCAGCAGCUUUGCCACCAACGAUUACGGUUCGUGCCAGAUUGAACCGCCGCCGCCUACGUCGGAGAACCAGAGUACACCAAAAAAGCAAAACCAACGAUAUACAACUAAGCCUCCGAGCAAUCUCAGCAUCGACAUCAACGAGAACGCACUGAUUCCGUCGCCAGCGCGUCCAUUUGGCCACAAUCUGAGCCACAGCUGCCCGACGACUCCACAGCAGCCGGCCAAACCAUCCGCCCAGCUGGCCCACAACAGCAGCAGUCUGGGGGAGCUGGUCCAGUCGCUGCCCAGUCCCACUGACAGCCAGCUGAUGUCGGUGAGCGCUCUGGCCCGCUAUCGCCUGCUCAAGGAUGUCCUGCGUCGCUCCUACCGCAAAGGCAAAGACUUCUUUCUGGCAGAGAAGCAGCGACUGACCCACAGCCUCAAUAUGUCACGCGAUCAGUCCAACCAGACCGACGGGGAGCUGGACAGCAGCACCUACUACGCCAGCUUCAGUCUCGACGGCCUGCUCAAUGAGUCUCUAACCACCAACGAGCAGCUGGCGCAGGCUGUCAGCAUUUGCCGCAAAAUGCCCGAGCUGGAGAUCUCCAAUGAAAUGGUGGAGGCAGAGCGCCUCUUGCUGUUCUCAACGCUGCGACAAAAGUCGCCUGUGGAUCCCUGCCAGUCCAGUGAUGGCAGGCGGCAGGCGCAGUGCGUCCUAAUCGACGCCAUGCAACUGCCAGUCAGGUCAGAUGCCAGCCAGGAUAUGUUCUUCAAUUACCAUUACAUUUGUACGUACGAGUUUGAGGGACGCAUUUGCUCCACCCAAUCGGUGGAGUGCCAGAACGGCGCUGCCCUGUUCCGGGACUGUGGCCUGGAGUUCUACAGCGCCGGCCAGGUGGAGGCGAUGGAGUUGCGCUGCCAAAUAUUCAUGCUACGGCUGCGCAAGAUCUCCACGCUGUCGCUGGACCCAGCCAAGACAAUGAAACGCGGCACCAGCAAUCUGGGCUCGUCCACAUCCAGUUCCUCCGGCAGCUCGGGGGCUGAGCAGAUCGUCUCUCGCUUUCGUCUGCAUGCCUCCUUCUGCUUGCGUGCCACGGAUUUGGCUCCGUUCGAGCUGGUGGCCAGCGAGACGCAGGCUAGUGAUCGGAUUUGCUUGCGGAGCUCGCGAACCUGGCAGCUGCCACUGACGACACACACAAAGUCCACGAAUCUGGCGGCAGGCAUAUCCGUGACGGGGCGUGUGGAGGUGCGUUUGCCCAAGUCCCAUUACUCUGGCUAUUUGAAUGUGGAGGAUCCGCAGCGGAAACACCACUGGAAUCGACGCUGGUGCACCCUCGACGGUGUCGAGCUGUCCGUGUGGCAGCACGAAGACGAUCUCAGUGAGCAGCCGCCUCUCUUCUCACUGCAGCUGCAGGGCUGCCCACAAGCUGCGGUAGCUGCCGCCCCGCGAGAGUUGUGUGCCCGUGCGCGCAGUUUCCUUCUACAGGGAAAGAGCUCAGUCUUGGGAUUCUUCUUUGCGGCCGACACUCAGCCGGAGUUGGACGAGUGGCUGUUGCAUCUGAAUGAGGCGCUGGCUUUCGCCAAGCGUUGGCUGGACGGUGCUUGAGGCAUUUUAAUUUGUGUGUUUGGUUGUUGUUUUCUUUCUAUUUAUAUUUUGUAGUCUUAAAUUGAAAAUAUUUCUGGGAAUUGUAAAUUAGCUGCUGGGAUAGGUUAAGUUAGGCUAAGAAAAAAAUUGUAUUUAUGCUCCAGCGAGCGACCAUUGCCAUUCCGGUAACAUUCCGCCAUUGCUGCCUUCUCGUAGUCCCUAGUCCCUGUAUUCCAUCUUUAAAUCAUUUGUUUAUGGGGCUGUAGUAUACGUUACAACAACAACAGUUUAUUACAUACAUAAUUUACAUUGGUUAUAAUAGUUCGUUAAGAUAUACAUACAUGGAUAUAUUUGUAUAU